GUCACCAUGGCCGCCCAUGUCCUCGCGCCGUCAGCAAUCAGCCAACGCAACUCACGGUGGUGCACACCACUGGGAUCCAGACGAUGAACGUCCAUUAUUGCGACUGCCACAACGGCUGCGACGCCCCGCUGGAACGCCCGAUCCAACUCUGGAGGGCCGGGCUGUGGCCCGCAUCGUUCUCCCGCCCUCAGACGGUGUUCACCAUCCACACCUUUGGAUUCUUCACUCAGCUCACGUUCCAAGCCAAAACAACAGCCCACGAUUUCUACGGCACUUUGCGAAGGCUAACCUCCAACGCGUUCUUCGACGAUGUGAAGGACAGGUAUCGGGAGUUCCUCAUGUCGCACCGGCAGUACACCUACCUGGAGACAUUGAAGAGGUUCGCGGCCGAAGUGAAGAGGAAACCCGAUCCCGGUAGUCUCGCCCUGCGCUGCCCAGCUUGUCCUCAACCUGAUAUCAACAUGGACCCGCAUUGGAAGGACCGACCACAGCAGGAUCGGUACAAGGACGCGCUGCAUUACGGGAAAGAUGGCAACUUCACCCUGCACCAACACGAUAAGAAGAUGGAUCCACUGGAUUUCCCGUUGAUGAACGGUGGAGCUUACUACGUCGACAGUGAGAAGUACCAGGAGUACCUCGAGAAGAUGAAGGUCUACGAGGACGCGCAAGACGAGACGGCAAACUGCAGCAACUUCAAUGCGCUUUCCGAUCGUUACAAGGGCAAGAUCAAAACCGGUCAGGUCAGCCUGUCUUGCACGCGCCAUGGAUAUGUCCUCCCCUGCGGAACUGUCGACUUACACAUCGGCGAACGCUAUGCCAACGUCGAUUACGCGACAUUAUGUGGCCUUCAAUGGUUCACGUCGCUUUCGCUGUGGAUAAGCUCUUACGACGUCAAUUGCAAAUACGGCAUAAAUUGGUGGCACCGCAUCAAGCAGAUCGCUUCCACCUUACCGUCGGUGCCAGGUGUAACACUCGCGAAGGAGCUGUGGCCUGUGAUCCGCCGCUGCGUCCCGAAGUUCCACAUGCCCUCGCACACAGGCAUCUGCAAGUACCUGUUUUCGUUUUACUAUAUGCCUGGGGUAGGCAACACCGAUGGCGAGGCCGUUGAACGGAGAUGGGCUGCCCAGAAUGCCAUCGGGCGAUCGGUGCGCGAGAUGGGACCCGGGCACAGGCAAGACGUCCUCGACGCACACAACUCCGAUUUCAACGCACAAAAGAUGUUCAAGAUCGGGCGAUCUCUACAGGGGAAGUUGAAACUCGCAGACAAAUACUAUGGCAAGAAUCGGGCUCAGCUGGAUGGCUUGGAGAAGACCUUGACGACGAAUCGGCGCCCAUUAGACGAGUGGCGCAGGGACGAAGCCGCGUACAUUGCUCAAAUGACGGACCCCAAUUUCGACGGAACCAAGGUGAAGAACCCGUACCAACCUGCAGUUGAUGAAGUUCCGACGAUCCAGGACAUCUUGGCUAGGUUGAAGCGAGAAGAGACAUCGGCGCGCCAGAAGCCGAUGCCGAAUGCCGGUACGAAGCGCAAAGCAUCAGCGCUAGAUACGACUGGCAUCGAGGAGACGGUGAGAGGAGGUCUGGGGGACAUGCUGGUGGCUGGCUUUGAGCUGGAACAGGAACAGGAAGCCUUCAAAGCCAAAGUUGUCGCGUACGAAAAGGAGCCGUCGUCCGACAAGUACAACAGCAUCGCCAAAGAACGAUCGAAACUCGAGAGGCGGCUUGUGGACUGGCUUCUGUGGCAACAGAGGGUCAUGGGCCCGAGUCUCCUCAUGGUUGAGGCGGAUGUUCAGGCCGAGUGGCCGUCAAUAGACUCAGUCGCUGCUGAACAAGCCACGGUACUCGUCCCCUCUGCGUAUUCGCAAGAGAUACGCAGGCAUGCAUCUCUUGAGCGGUUCGUUGUUGCUGAGCAGGAGCUGCGCGUGGCUCACGCCAACGAUACUCUAAAGAAGAUCCGGCAGAAGCUUCACUUCGAAGCAUAUUACCGCGGACAGAAUGCGGGGUCGUUCGGGCAGCAGGCGCAAACCAGAUAUAGUAAGCUGAAGACGGGCGAGCGCGAGAAGAUAGAGGCAUUGCGAAAGGAAUACGAGCGAGCGCGACUCAAGGUGGAUCGGCUGGCAACGAGAGACAGACCGAAUACGUUGAGACCCCUCCUCGUGGAACAGUGCCGGCCUCCAGUCGUCGCGAAAGAGAACGUCGGUAGGCAAAAGGAGUCAGUGUCUUGGAUCUGGCGGGAUGGUACGUACCAUGACACUGCACUCGACAAGUGGGCGCUGGAAGCCUGUCGACUUGAAUGGUUCCGGGCAAGUGCUCGCACAACGAGAUGGAAUGAGGAGGUGGAGAUUGUGAAGGAAGAGAUGAGGCGCGUGCAGCGAUUCUUCCACUACUGCAUGAAGAAGUGGGAGGAGCGUGCCGAAGUUGUGUGCACAAAUCUUGACGAGCAAGGAGCGGCUGCUUUCGCGGCAAGGCAGUCGUCAAUGUACUCACGUCUGCUGACGGAUGCGCAGAAGUGUUUCCCGCUGUCGUUGCAGAUCAUUUUUGACGACAUGGUCGCACCACUAGAGGUUAGUAUGAUUGAUGGUGAGGAUGGCGAUACUGCUGCUGUAGAGCUGGCAGAGCUGAAUGCAGGUGAAGUUGACGAUGAGGAGAGCAUGUACGAGUAGUGCACGAAGAAAUAUUUCAUUUGCAGAGAUGAUUAAUGCGAGUACUUGGGGGGAUAAAUGUCGUCGGCGAGUACUCGGGGAGCAACCAUCGUCCGUGAGUACUCAGAGUGAACAUGCCAGUCCGUGAGUACUUGGAGAGCAACCAACAUCCGCGAGUACUCAGGGAGUGAACCUCGCCGCCGAGUACUCAGGGAGCAACCCCUGCCCGUGAGUACUCAGCGAGCGAGCCUUGUCAGCGAGUACUUAUGUGAUCGCGAGUAUUCGUGGUUUAUAUGGGUGUAAUACAGUCAUUUUUUUCUCGUCAGAAUAGUAUAACAAAAUGAGUAAAUACUCAUUGAAUAGUAUUUGGGUUCCCCCCAACUAUUGGAGGCACCGUUUCAGCCCGUCAUUGUGGACUUGCUGGACAGUGCUUGACGACCUCCCGCCGGGCUGGC